AAAUUGUUUAUAGCAAAAUAUUUUUUAAACAUUGACAAAUACAAACAAAUACCACGAAACAAAUCAAAAAUUAGAAGGAAAACAAUAAUUCGUGUAAUUGUGGACAGAUCCUAAAUGGGAAAAUUGGACAUGGAUUUCUGGAAUUAUAUUGAUCAAAGAUUCUGAGGAAUUUUGCAAAAUAUUACAUCCUACAAGAAAUGGAGACGAAAUCAAUGUCAGACAAUGUGCCGCCUAGGCCUGAAUAUUUUUUCGUGACAGCCUUUGUAAGUCAGAAAGCCGACUACACGCUGGACGAUUCAUUUUGGAAUGAAGAAAGUCCUGUUGGUGAAGUUGAACGUCUACUUAAGGAAUACCGCCAGAACCAAGAAUUGGUGCGCCGUAUCGGUGGCCAUUAUUAUCAAAUCAUUUAUCCGGUGCAGCUAAGACACCACGAGAAAAUGGGCAUUUCAACGCGUGAAGUGAGUCCACCCAAGCCUGGACAACGACCUCGUCCUCAUGAUGAUGGUGGCUUUAGUAGAGGAAGAACAAAGAAACACUUUCAUCGAACCUCAUUGUUAAUUAAGGCUUUUAAUCAUAAGUUUCGUUUAGAUCUGGAAUUAAAUUCACAACUUUUAUCGCCGAAUUUAAUACAGAAACACUAUCACUCUAGCGGUUAUUUAGUAGAUGGCAAUCGUCAUGAUAUUGAACAUUGUUAUUACCAUGGAACGGUUAAAGAUUAUCCCGGUGCCAGUGCAGCCUUUCACACAUGCAACGGUGUUAGCGGGGUCAUACACAUAGGCAAUGAAACAUUUGUGAUACAUCCCUUCUAUGGAGGUGAUCUAUCGAAGCAUCCUCAUGUUAUCUUUGAGGCACGCACCAAAGCCAACAAGGGCUGCGCGAAUACGGGCAAUCUGGACUCGUGGCGUUUGUCACGACGCACAAAACAUUUGUCAGCUGGUAUUAUCGAUGAGAUACAUCCAAAUGGUGCUGGUCGCUAUAAACGUGAUGUUCGCGAGGCUACCAAAUACAUAGAAACUGCCAUAAUAGUGGACAAGGCCAUGUUCGAUAAGCGGAAUGGCAGUACAAGGGCCGAAGUAAUACACGAUGCAAUACAAGUUGCCAACAUUGCGGAUUUGUAUUUCCGUACAAUGAAUACCCGUGUGGCUGUGGUUUACAUUGAGACCUGGGGCAAAAAUCAGGCUAUCAUUGACGGCAGCAAGGACAUUACCAAGGCUAUGUCAAAUUUUAAUGACUACACAUCGAGAAAUCUAUUUCAAGUGGAACGUGAUACAACACAGCUUCUAACCGGCGAGACAUUUGCCGGAGGUGAGGCGGGCAUGGCAGUGCCGGACACCGUGUGUACGCCACGUGCUGUGGGCAUCAGCGUUGACAUCAAUGUCUACGAACCACAUUUAUUGGCCGGCACCAUGGCCCACAUGAUUGGCCACAAUAUUGGCAUGGGCCACGACGAUGGACGAGAGGAAUGUUUUUGCCGCGAUUGGCACGGUUGCAUAAUGGCUCAAUCGAUUGUCGGCCAAGAGAAUGUCCAGCCUUACAAAUUCUCAGAGUGCAGUAAAAAGGAUUACAUCGAUUCGCUGCGUACGGGGAACGGCCUGUGUUUGCUGAACAAACCCAACGAGAUCGAAAUGCGUCGCAACUGCGGCAACAAGAUUGUCGAGGAGGACGAGGAGUGCGAUUGUGGUACCUUUGAAGAAUGUGCCUCAGAUCCAUGCUGUGAUGCCAUUACGUGUAAGCUCAAGUCGGAAGCCCAGUGUGCCAGUGGAGCCUGUUGUGACCAGUGUCGUUUGCGUCCCAAGGAUCAUAUUUGCCGUGAUUCAAACAACGAAUGUGAUUUGCCCGAGUAUUGUGAUGGUGAGGUUGGCGAAUGCCCCAUAGAUGUGUUUAAAAAGAACGGAUCGCCCUGUGGCCACUCCAAAUCUGGAGUGUCUGGUUAUUGCUUUCAGGGAAAAUGUCCCACUUUGAAUUUGCAGUGUGAAGCCAUAUGGGGCUAUGGCGGUGUGGCAGCCGAUCGUGAGUGCUUCGAGCAGUUCAACUCAAAGGGGUCCAUUAAUGGUCACUGCGGUCAGAACGGCAAGGAUAACUACAUAAAAUGCGAACCAGAAAAUGUUCAGUGCGGCACAUUGCAGUGCAAAGAGGGAGAACGCCAGCCUGUCAAUGACGGUGACCUUUAUUCGAGAACCAUUAUAUCCAUCAAAGGCUUGGAAUAUGAAUGCAAAGCUACUAGCGGCCAAGGAACAGGUGUAGGAGAAACUCCAGACCAUGGUUUGGUCAAGGACGGCACACCGUGCGGUGAAAACUUGAUUUGCCUCAAUCAGACAUGUGUCAGCAUAUUUCCACAUGUCGACCAAACCAAGUGUCCAACCAACAGUCUUGGUCAAGAGUGUAACAACCGUGGGGUUUGCACCAACACCAACAAAUGCUUCUGUGACAUGGGAUGGGGAGGAUUUGAUUGCAGCCUAAUUGUCUUAUUAACCACACCACUGCCAACGGAAGCCCUGCCAACGCAAGAGAACACAAUCAAAAUGGAGAAGAAGGAGACGCCGUAUGAGAACUACCAUGGCUCAAAUACAGUAUUCCUAGUUGGUGUACUAAUGUCAGUUGUUGGGUUCGUUUUUGUAACAUUCACCUUGAUGGCACUGUGCUACAGGCGCAAGACGACCACCCUCAAAUACGAUCCACCCUACACCAAGAAACCAAUGGCCAAGGCAUACGGCGGACCACCGGCCACUGCCCCCAAUCACCAGUCGGUGGAAGAAAUCUCCCAGGAUGGUUCGAAUAAAUUGAAUGUCUAUGAAAAUCAAUCCGGUUUCACAGCAUUCACAGUCGCCGUUAUACGGCCGAUGACGAUCAUCAGCAUUCAGAAAAAGGUAUUUUGAAGAAACACGGCUAUGGCAUGGUCCACAGCGGAAUGCACGAUGACGGACAAUCGGAUAAUAUGGAAUUGAUUGCUCAGGACAGCACCAUGGCCUCGACCAGCAAUGCUGCUGUUUCGGAAGUCGAACGAACUCUCAAGUCCCUCAAUGGCUAUCAUGAGGACAUUUUGGAAGCUUUGCGCAAUGCUGCCUCACAUCGCGGCACUGGCACCGGCAACACGCCCGUCGGCACCGGUAGUUUGAGUGAAGAAAUGAUACGCAAAACUCUGCAGGAAUGUGCAUCGUCUCAGCUGGGCUACUCCGAGCCCUAUAAACGUUCGGCCAGCUCAAAGAAUAGCUCGCGUGAGAAUAUUUGCGAUCAGGGUGCCCAGCACACCCUCUUGGAUAUGUCCGGUUCGGGAAUGGGUGGUCCGCACGGCGGCGGACCAAUUAUGCAUCAUCACCGCUCGCAGCAUCAGCUGCACCAGCCACUAGUGCAGCAGCAAUUGCCGCCCGACGACGAAGACGCCCCCGCCACGGGGCCAUUGCGUAUACGGAAUCUCGAGGACCUCAUACGCCAGCUGGAGCACCAUUCGUCGCGCCACAUGAGUCCCAGCGGCUCGGAGGACAUACGGAUUUCGGAAAACGAAGGCGACCGCCUCUAUAGAUUAGAUAGUUCAGCCGCUUGUAGUGAAUCCUCGCAAGGAUCUAAUCAGCAAUUAGCACAAUCGCAAAAAACUGCAACAAUACAUCCGUCUUAUAGCAGUCGUUGUCGACCGCGUGCCGAAGAGGAGUCGAGAUUCUCGUAUGGAAGGUACAGACAUCCCACUACAACCAGUAGACAUCCUUCACAUCAGUCACACUCACCUCAUGCUUUCGGCCAUCAUGCACAUCACUCGCAUGCCCAUGGCCAUACCACGCACGGCCCGCAUUCAUCGCAUCACUCAUCGCACACGCAUUUGCAUCAGGACGAAGACGGCAUCUAUGAGAGUGCCGAUCCCCACGAUCGUUCGAUGGUAGACCAACGUCUCGAUCCUCGGGAAGUGGCCGACAGUGAGAGUGAUGACUUUAUUCAAGCUCAACAACAGUUAGCCCGAUGGGCGAGUGAGGAUGUGGUAUCCGUCGUGGUAAUGGAGCAGCAACCGUUAGCCGGUACAACAGCGGAUUCCCAACAAUCCAACGCCGGCGGACACACAUCGGGGACGGCAUCAGCGAAUACCGUUAUCCACCACCACCAGCAUCAGCACCAGCACCACGGCGAUCAUCCAUCCUCGGUGGGAGCGGCCAAUACAACCUCAUCGUCAGUCAAUGCCCAUAUGGCAGCGAAUAUGGCAACCGUGCCAAAUGGCAUCGUUGUAAGUCAGAGGGACUACUACCCCUCGCCACCCUCCACGGAGACCGAAAGCAGUGGAAGUGUUAUCCAACCACUCAAUCGUCGCUACACGCUGCAGGGCGAUUCAGCUCAACAGCAGCUGCAAUUGCAUCAGCUACACCAACAGCAGCAUCAGCACCCCUCCCAUCAGCACCAACAACAACAGCAGCAGCAGCAACAGCAGCAGCUCACCGGCGACAACACCACCACCACCAGCAGCAGCAACAACAGUCAAACCGGUCAAAUCAUGGAGAAUGGUCGCUAUCCCGAAUAUAAGCACUGAUAGUAUAACACCAUCGCUACCAAACGCAAAAGCAACAACAAAAUCACAGCCAACAACCACAGCCACAGCCAAUAUCAGCUUAGCUCCCAUGCCCAGGCUCAAAUUCAUCGCCAAGACCUUGAGCCGCCACAGCCGCAGGAACAGUCAUCCCAGCCGCAGCCACAGCAGCAACAACAACAUUCGCCUCAUUGCUUUGCCCACAAAUUACAGGCCAUACCCUGAGGCGAUUCAGGUGAAAUGCUGAAUGGCUGGCCUGUGCCUGCCUCAAUAAAACCGAACAAAUUUCAUGCAAAUCCUUGUUUGUAUGUCUUGCCCUCCCCCUCUCAAACUUUAUCUCUCUCUCUCUCUGUCUAAGUAACCGCAAAGUGAUGCAUGCCCCACUCUCUCGGGUCGAUAAGAGGCACACAAUCACAGUCAAGAAACAUUCCUACUACAACAACAACAUGCAUUAAGAAAACAAUAUUGGAUCCACUGCAGCAACAUCUAUAUUCUAAACAAACAAACUCGAUUAGUUAUCUUCAAACAAAAAAAAAAAAAACAAAGAAAACAAGAAAAAACAAAAAAGAAUACAAAAAUAAGAAAAAAACAAAAGACAAAUAUUGUGAUUUUAUACAAAGUAGACGAUAUUCAUAUUUUAGUUUAAACAAAACAAAAACAAAGGAAAAGUAAUAAAUUUAAAGAAAACAAAUCUUUAGAAAAAAAUUUAACGAAUUGAUUGAUAAUGGCCAACAACACCACAUCCCCAUCCCCCCACACCCACGAAAACAAAAAUCACCAACAGCAGUUGCAGACAUUGAAAGCAAAUGAAACUGCUAUCAUGCAUUCGCGCAUAGCAAUUAGUACCGCAAAUGCCUGCCUCCUCCCACCCUGUGUUUGUCCUUGUCAAUUGAAUACUCACUCCUUGAGUGCGUGUGUGUGGGUUAGUAAGUGCAUGGGUGACAUUUGUCUUUCAAUGCCAAAAACAAUGCAACGCUCAGAACAAUUACUUUAGGCUAGUCAAACAAAACGUCCUCUCCCCUCCCCCGCCCCUUUCCAUCUAAUAGUCUCUCACACAUUGCCACCAAUGCACUGAAUACCACAUAGAACACACUUUUCCCUUUCCCACACACUCAAACAUGUAUAAUUACAGGAGUGCAUCAUACACCUCACACACACACACAUACACCACUGCUGUUCUUUGCCCCUGACCACGCUCAAUCACAGUCACUUAACGUGUGAACUCUACCGACUGAUAAUUCUCUCCCCCCAUAGAGAGCCAAUGAUACACAAAAUGAGUUCCGCGGAUUGUCACUGUGUGGCCGACAUCCAUCAACGACAAGUUGUGGUUGAAACUGAGAAAUUGUAUUUGCCGAACAUAGAAUUUGGUUCUUUAAAGGACGUUAUUAAAACAUUUUGAUUCUUUUCCCAACUUAUAUAUUAAAAUAUAUAUAGGGUAAGUCUGCCUAAAUUCGGCAUGUCCCAGUAGCCGGCACUUUUCAUUUUUAAGCCCAAAUAAAUGAAACUAUUGUAACUAAAUGUAUUUUGUUUACUUCAAAUAUAUUGUCAGCUAUCUUUGUGCACAAUUUCGCUAAGAAAAGAUGAAUUAUUCUAAUAAAAAUUAAAUGUUUGUCUGUGAAGGUCCUCGACAAUUCAUAUUCUUAAGAAAAGUACAAUAAACACGUCGAAUCAGUUUAACUAAACAAAAAUAUUAUAUUUUAAUGAAUCAAUUUAUUAUUAUUAAUUAUACUUACAAAAAAAUUGGCAUGCCGACUGUUGGAAAAUGCCAUACCGACAAUUGGCAAGUGGUGCGACUACUGGCAAAAAAGCAUUGUUUUAAAAAAACAACAAAUUUAUGAAAUUUAAUAAAAGGUUAUUAAAACUUUAUUUGUUAUUGCAAAAACUAUACAAAAUUUCGAAUCUGAAUAAAUUAACUUUGUAAUAAUUGAAAAGUUCCACUCAGAAUGGUGAGCGAUUAAAAACGCGAAAAUCCUAAAAGUGCCGACUACUGGUAUACUUACCCUAUCGAGGUUUUCAAUUUAUUAAGAGAACAUUUGCAGGAUCUUUAAAUACUAGAUUCAGACCUAUGUGUUUUCAUUCAAGGAUGUAUGGAAUUAAACUCUCAACAUUGUGGCAACAGAGAGUGUAUAUCAUUUGAAAAUACAAAACUGUGCCUAGUCGAAGAAAUGGACAAUACCCUCUUCGUCGUACUUCUCGACAAAAAGUAAGAACUUUAAAAUAUAACAACUUGCGAAAUCCCAAAUCAUCUUUAAAAGUUGUCAAUAUUUUUUUUUUAAUUAAAUUGUUUAAAUGUUUAAAAAUGUCAUUUAUGUAAUAGAAAGUGAGAGUUGUAUUCGAAUAAAUUGUAACUUCGUACUUUAGCAUAUUUGUAGCGAACUAAGGUCACUCCCUCCUUUAAUUAUUUUCCAUAUUUCAUUUAGAUGAUGUAUAGGAAAUGGUGUAACACCAAAAUUCCCUCUUAUAUCUGAAGAUGUAUAAAUUAAUGUGCUGCUUACUCCUCCUCAACAUUAAAAAUAACGGCUAUAAUUGCCGUGUACAAUGGAGAAAUCUACUACAUUUGUUUUAGGAGUUACAAUCGCUCAGUUUGGUUUUUCUAUAAUAGUGGUAGGCAGUUGAAACGGCUUAAAUGACCGAAUCAACCAAAAUAAUCGAAAUGCGUCAAAGAAAAGAUCAACCACAGCAUUGGAAAGCUCCUCUCUUCUUCUUCCACGAGGCUUUCAUGAGUUGUAAGAAGGAGUAUGAACUCCCUUCUACAACCCAUGCUAAUAUACGGUUGAAGAAUGCAAGAAGCAAGAAUUCUAUGCAGUUCAGCUCUCAUGCAUAUUUUACAGGUUUCGUAGUAUCGAUAGGAAUUUUAAAGACAAAAUGAUUUCAAUAGAUUCUUGACCUCCCAAUCUUAAAAUUACCUUCGGCAUUUUGAGAACAAAUUCAUAUGCUUUUCUAAAUUAGUUUCCAAUUAAUGACCGAUUUAACUGUUAUAAAUUUCAAAAUAUCUCAGUUUGAACCAUCAACAGCUCAAAUUCAAUUGCCAUUCUUAUUUUAUCACUCCAAUGUAAAAUAUUUUCCAGUUUACUUCAUGUAAAUAUGUACAUACAGAAUUACUUUACAUAACCCCACCAUUAAUCCAAAUUCCCCCGCCCCUCUCUAUUAGACCAUAGAUAGAAAGUUGUAAUAUCAAUUGAAAACAAAAGAAAAAUAAAAAAUAAAUAAAAUAAAACUAAAAGUAAGCAUGAAAACACAAUUGAAAACAGGCAUACAUGUAAACGUUACUUUUAAACAAAGACUGUAAAUAUGUUAUAAUGAAGUAAAAUACAAAGAAACUCAAAUAGGAAGCAACUAGAUCUCCAUUAUAUGGUUGGUCAAGUUAAUGGAAGGAUACUUCCAUCCGUAUAAAUAUCCCCGACACAUUUUCACCCCCUGCCCAAAGAAGAUGGCCCUUCCCCAAAAACCAAAAAAAAAGAAACCAAAAAAAAAGAUUAAAAUCGUUGUAUAUAUGCAAAGUGUAUCCAUUCAUCCAUGCCUACUUGUGGUAGGGUGUGAGAUACUAGGUUAAAAAAGUAAAUAAAUUAAAAACUAGGAAUAAUUAAAAUUAAUAAAGAAACACAGCAUGAAGAACAAAUGAAUAAAAUUAAGUGAACUUUUUAAGUCAACAAUAAUAAAACAGGUACUACAUACAUACAGUUAGUUAAAUUAAAGCACUUAGAAGAGAAUAAAAUUAAACAAAGAAACAAACAAAAAAAUGAAUUAUUAAAAUUUAAAAUAGAAAGAAAAAGAACAAUUUUAUACAAAACAAAUGGCGUAAAUUUGAGGAAAACAAAUUACAUGAAAAUCUCAAAAUCAAUAACAAGAACAACAACCAAAAAAGACUCGAAUUUCAAGAGUUUUGUUAGUAAAUUUAAUAGAAAUUUAAAUGAAAGCAAACAAAAAUUAAUGUAGAUAACAUAAAAGCAACAACAAAUGGAAAAUACUACUAAUACAUGCGAAAUAAAAAGAAAAUAACAAUAUUGAAAAUGUCAAUUUCUAUAAAACAAAAUAAACAACAAGAACAAACACUCGUAUGAAAACAUACAAACACACACGCGCAUCUCAUUAAUAAUUUACAGAAAUAUUUACACACGCAUUAACAUCACACACACACUCACACAAAGAGUCUCACAUGCAACAAAAAUCAUUGACACAAAUCACAGGACAUCAACGUCAACAUCAUCAUCAUCACCCACAACAACAACAACGUCAUUAUGAGUGUGUUAAAUAUUUAAAAAUUAAGAAAACGAAACAAAAAAUUAAUAUUAAAAAAAGGAAACAAAAAAAGACGUUGUAAAUGACAUAAACUACUACUACUACCACUACUAUGGCAAAAUGCAUUGAUAAUUAAAAUACAAUAAUUUAAUUUAAUAAUGCAACAAAACUGCAACAUCAACGACAUUAACAACACAAACAAACCGACAGGCAGACAAAUAGACAGACAAAGGGACAGAAUUGCAACAGAAUUAACCGCAAAUUCAAUAAACUGCAACACUAACAACAACAAAAUUACAAAGUUAAUUGUAUUGCAAAACAAACAAACACACACACACACAUGCAUACCAUCACACAACACAAGCUCACUCAUCGAAUUGAAAGCAACAACAAAAAUAAAAAUCAUUGUUAAUAUUAAUCAGUUAAUUGUAACAAUAAUAAUAAUAAUAACGACAACAACAAAGCCAUUUCGCAAAAACAAAUAAAAAACCAACAACAAUAAUGAAGCUCAUCAAACAGAAGAAAAUACUUCAAAAACAAAAAAAAAAAACAAAA